UCAAUACUGCUCGUUGUUCUCUUUGCUAUUUUGCUCAUAUGCCCCUCCUCUUGAUUUGGAGUAUCUGUAUGUUGUGUUUUUUAAGACGGCGAGGUGGCUCAUACUGACAGAGACAGAGCGCAAAGCUCCCGGGAGGAUUAUUCACACCAGCAGCCCUUUCGUCGCUGAGCCCCGGGGUGACUUUUCCUCCACCUGCACCCAUGACUCGCACGCUGCAUGGAGGUGGAUUGUGUUAUUUUUUAGUAUUGCUGACACUGUUGCUGUCUAAAGCCGACGGGUUGCAGUGCUACGCCUGCAACAUCGUGCAUGAGCAGAGGUACGUGGAUGUAGGCUGCUCAAGCCCUGAAGUCAUCACCUGCUCCCACUCUCACAAGGGCUUCAAGCAUCGUUUCUGCAUCAGGACAGAGAGCGUUGCAUUGGGAAUCAUGUUGACCAGUGGCUGCGCAACAUCAAGACACUGCCACACAGAGGAGCUGCCGGGGGUGAAGAUCCACUGCUGCGCCUCUGAUCUGUGCAACAGCGCCCCCAGCAGGCGAACAACAACACUACUGCCUGUUUGCUCAUUGACAUUUGUUCUAUUGCUAUUAUUCAACGGGUGAUACUAAAGAAAUACUUGUGUAUUAUACUACCUUGAACUUGGGAAGUCAUGGCAGUUACAUUCACUGACUAUUCUUAUGAGAGACAUAAUGAUAAAACAUGAAUAGAGACCAAGGAUUUUUUAUAUAUUUUUGUUUUUUUACAAAUUCAUUGUGUGGAAAUGUCGAACAAAGUAUGUGUAAUGAUAAUUUAAAAUUGAGUAGUCUUUAGCUCUACAGUAAAUUGACUGGACAAGUGGGAUCUCCUCUUAAAAUUCUCCGUAAGUCAGAAAAGGACUUUUUAUAGCUAUCAAAAGAUCACUCUUAACAUGUGAAGGGUAAUGUUGUAGAAAAACCAUUUUUGGGUCCUCAAAAAAAAAAAAACAUUCAGUUAAAGUUUUUUUUGUCUUUCUUACCCUUUAAUAAUCUUUUUGAUACAGAAAGGUUUUUCAGAUGUUAAAAGUUCUUUAUGGAACCAUUCAGCCAAAAAUAGUUCUUCUAUGGCAUCAUGAAGCACCUUAUAGGUUUUUGUCCCUCGGGGGUUUACUUUAAAUAAGAUCUUCAGGAUCACUAGAAAUAAAUGCCCAACUGAAAGACAAGACAAAACAAGUGGCAUUUGCACACAAAUUAUGCCAUAAUUAUGGAGCCAAAACAUGAAUGCAUUUCAGAGAUUGUAGUCAUCUAGUCCAGGGGUUUUCAAACUUUUUAAUGACAAGGACCUCCACAUAUGAUGAACAUUUAGUGAGGUAC